UUAUAUACGUUUUUGGCACAGACUAUAUGAAAUAGUAAUUUUCAUCUAUAUAAUCUGUGUUUUUGGUAAGAUCCGUUGUCGGGCGUAUUUACGUAUAUUAUAAUCUAUGACGACGGUCAAUGGUAAAUUGUGAUUUUUAUUACAUUACCCGUUGUAUCUAUAAAAAUUGUCGAUACUGAUUUCGAUAUUAUCAUUUUGAUACUCGGUGUUGGAUACUUGGAUACAAGAGGCCACACUACAUUUUUAGUUUCUAAUUUCUCUCACGGCCAGUGUUUUAUAUUCAUGCCUAAACCAGACCCUUGUAAAUCUUUGGCUUGCGCGAUUCAAAAGUGCUUGUCUGAGAACGAUUUUCAAGAAUCUCGCUGUACCAAACAAAUACAAAAUCUUCGAGAGUGUUGUAAAACGUUCUAUAAUGUUUCACUUGUAUGCUCAGGCAUGAAACCUGCUUCUACUAUUGAUGAUGAAAAAAAAACAGUUCUCAAGUAAUAUGUCAAACCAAUACCGGCAAGCACAAAAAAACAGCUUUCAAAAAUUCACAGAAAGAAAAUUAUUGAAAGAACUGCCUUUUUACAGAAGACAUCCAAGAGUAUUGUGAUUAUUGGAAGUACACUGCGCAUCUUGAUUUUGUUUAGUAGAGGAUUGUAUGAUAUUUUCAGACCUAACACUUCAACGACAGUUAGUCAAGAAAAUCAAUAUCACUUACGUUUACAAGAAACUUUCUAAAAAGAAUAUUUAUGACUAUGAUGCUAAGGGGAGCACUACAGACCCACUCAGCUACUCGUUUGAGUAUUCUCAAGAAUACUCUGAUUUCAGAAACAACUCAACAUUUUAAAUAAUUUAUUUUUUGAAAAUUUUAAGUAUAGAAAAUUGGAAUGUGAAACAUUUUUUUGUUUAAAAAUUAAAUAUUUUCUUAAUGGCAUAUACCAAAGU